AUGGAGCGUGCGGGUAGAGUGAGGGUAGAAGAUGGCGACCUUGCCCCCCUCCCCACACUCCUACAAGUCCCUGGUGUACCAGCGCACUCUGCUGGACAGACUCAACUUCCUUCGAAACCUCGGCCUCUUCUGUGACGUCACACUCGAGCAGAGGUGGAAGGUAAGCUGUUCCGGUGCCACCAGGUGAUCCUGGCCGCCAGCAGCACCUUCUUCCAGACGCUCUUCACGCAGCAGCAGGCGGCCAUCAAGCAGGCGCAGCCCAUCGACCUGCCCGUCGUCAAGGCAACCGCCUUCCUGCAGCUGCUGGACUUCGUGUACACCUCGGAGCUCAGCCUGACCGUACAGACGGCCAUCGACCUGCUGUCUGCAGCCAGCCUGCUGCAGAUGGGCCCGCUGGUGGAGGCCGUGUCGCACUACCUCAAGACUCACGUCGGAGAUGAACCAGAGAAGCCCCUUCCUCCUCUCUCCUCAGCAUCAGGACCAGCAGGACAUCUCCUGCCCUCCCCCCCUCCGCCUGCCCUGGACCGCCAGCGCCACACCCCGACCAGCCGUGAGCCCAGCGCCUUCGUCCUGCAUGACAGCGGGCAGUACGUUCAGCAGGAACGGGAGAGAGGCGUGCAAACCUCCGCCUCCACACCAAGUCCAACUCUGCCUCACCCAGCAGGCCUUCCCUCACAUUCACAAGCAAACCUCCGUUUGUCACCGAACGCAGACAAAGGCCGUGCCCCGCUGGACUACGGCCCACCGCUGGUGAUGCCGCCGCUGCCAACGCACCAGCCUGGGUUCAGGUACAAGCGAAACCUGAAGGCCCACAGUAGUGUGUGUAAGGGAAUCAUAAGCGUACAGAACACGGCACAUCCCGCACGCUCCAUGAGCGGCAGCGAGCCCGACCUUGACGCUCCACCCGACUGCACGACCUUCGCCGGCAUCCGCGACCUCCUGACCUCCGACGACCCCGAGGACCAGGUCGAAGGUCAGGGGUCGUCAGGGGACACGAAGGAGCAGGACAUCGUGUUUUCUUCUCCGAACCAUUCACCUGAAGACAGCAGCAAACCUUGUACAUACAUACGCGGCCAAGAUGGCCGGAUUAUCGCGGUGAAACAGGAGAGCCCCACAAGUCCACCUAAUGGGCAGGCAGAGCUGUCAGAACACGGAAGCAGGGAGGAGAAUGUUUGGGUCCCACCAGGUGGAGGAGAAAACUCCGCGGAGGACAGGCUGGGAGGUAAUGAGGGCUCCGCGGAGCAAAUUGCGAGGACCCCGACGCCUGGAAGUGGAGAGAGCCAGGUGGUGGGAGGGGCCAGGAAGAGGAAAGCGGCUGUGCAGCACCGAUGGGACGCCAAACACCCGGGCGUGGCCAGGCUGCCUGAGCAGCUGCAGAGUUACGUCAUGGAGAUGAUGGGAGAAGGGGGGAGGGGGGCGCCACAGAGUUCCGACAACCAGGCCGCGCCGCUCGAACAGAGCGUCUUGUCUCAGAACGAGAACCAGAUCAUCAAGGACUUUUGGGCGGAGGUCAACCGGGGCCUGUUUCCCGACGACCACUUCUCGGGGUUGGGUCAUCCCGGGGCAAAGGUAGCGCCUGAUGACCAAUGGCAGGGCGGCAGGACUCAAGGUCACCGGCAUAACCUUGAAAUUCAGACAAGUCCGAGUAUCGAUCCGCUCAGAGACGGUGGGUCACCUUUACUCGAGUCAGACUCUUCAGUUGUUCAGAACUGGGCAGGAGACAAGUCUACCAGUAGGAAGAAACAAAACGGGGCCAGGGUUGGAAGGUCCAAGGGCAGAGGUGAACAGGAGACCUUUGACCCCAAGAGGGUCAAAGUUGAGACACAGGAUAAUGCUUGAGUUAAGCACAUUCCAA